ACAAGCCGCCCUCCCUCCUGUCUUUCAGACAGACUGUUUUUGCUGCAGUGAACGGUAGCCGUGGAGAGAGAGGGAAAAGCAAGAAAAACAAGAAGCCGAAGAAGGAAGGAAAAAAGUCAAUACAGACAGACCCAAAGAGAUCUCAGAGCCAGCGCUAGCUAUCCUGCUUUAUAUACCGGAACACCCCCAGAACCAACGGCGACAAAUAUACGUGCAAGAUCCGGGCUCCACAGGCGUAUAUCGGUUGCACCCUGGUGGUCCUUGGCUUACGCGAGGAUUCAGUGGGACAAACCAACAGAUCUGUGUGUCCAACUGACCAUGGCAUUCCCUUCUUACUCGACCUGUGGUCUAUGGACUCUGAGCUUGUUGACGCUACUGGCAGCCUCUGUUCAGAGCAACAUCAUGGCCAUCGACGAUGACCUCUUGCAGCCGGUCACACAGGACGAGACGGUGUCUGUGGGUGGCACGGUGACCCUGACGUGCCGGGUGGGAGAGAGCGACAACUCGUCCCUGCAGUGGUCCAACACGGCCCAGCAGACCCUGUACUUCGGAGAGAAACGAGCUCUGAGAGAUAACCGUAUCCAGCUGCACCGGUCGACAGGCACGGAGCUGUCCAUCACCAUCGGCGACGUUCAGCUGUCAGAUGAGGGGGAGUACACCUGCUCCAUCUUCACCAUGCCCGUCCGUACAGCCCGCGCCACGGUCACCGUGCUAGGGGUCCCUGGGAAGCCCAAGAUCUCAGGCUAUAAGGACGCCGUGCAGGAGGGGGGCAAAGUCACCCUCACCUGCACCAGCUCGGGGAGCAAGCCCCCCGCCAAACUACACUGGUACAGAGACCAGGAGGAACUCAUAGGCCGUCCUGAUGUGGUGGAGUCCAACCCUAACGAGCCGACCUACACAGUGAGCAGUGAGCUGACUCUGACGGUGGGCCGUAGCGACGACAACGCAGUCAUCGCCUGUGCUGUUGACCACCCCUCUCUAGCCCCGGGGGACAAGAGGAGUGAACAGCCCAUCAGAGUGCUGUUCACUCCUGAUGUAACCAUCCAGCCUGAGAGUGAUCUACCCAGAGAAGGAGACAAGUUCCACCUGCAGUGCAUAGGCAAUGGAAACCCUGAGCCCUCCUCGUACGUAUGGCUGAAGAAGGACGGACAGCUCCCCCCGCUGGCCAAGGUCGACGGCAGUUUCCUGCACUUCGAGGUGCUCAACAAAUCCGACAACGGCGUGUACCUCUGCCUGGCGGACAAUGGCAUUGGGAAAGUACAGGGGGAGUACACCCUGCUGGUGCAAGAUGGUCCAGACAGCAUUGCAGACCCCACUGCCAUGUCGACCUCGUCAGGUGUGGACCACGCUGUGAUUGGAGGGGUCGUGGCCGUCAUUGUCUUCAUCCUGCUCUGUCUGCUCAUCGUCCUCGGCAGAUACCUCAUCAGACACAAAGGGACAUAUCUUACCCAUGAGGCCAAAGGGUCUGACGACGCUCCUGAUGCCGACACUGCUAUCAUCAACGCUGAGGGCGGCCAUUCUGGAGCGGAAGACAAGAAGGAGUACUUCAUCUAGGGAGGGGUCGGGGAGGGGGAGAGGAGAACCUCCAUUUGUCUUCACAAGCUUCAGUUCUUCACAACAGCCAGAGGGGGAGGAGUAGGGGAAAGACAGACAGCGGGCGGGCAGGGAGAUGGUGAAAUGGAAAGAAAUAUAAGAUUCAGAAGAACUGAGACUCACUGGAAAAACAGAAAUGCUUCAUCUGAUAGACCUGCAUUGAAAACAGGGAAGUGAGAUUUGAUUCGCUUACAUACAUGUACCUUUCAUAUAUGACCUCCUUAUGUCCAAUGACAAACACACACACACACACACACCAUGCAUCAGGUUUCACUAACAUUCACACAUUUAGAGUUUCCAUUAUGAGACACAACCCAUUCAUGCACGCAUUAACAUCAGACCACCCACACGUUCACCAAACUGGAUCAUAAUGCAAAUUAAUACAGUACAUACUGUACAUGCUCCAUUCACAUCCUGCUGUCAGCGGCGAAAAAUGCUAAUAUUCACAUAUUUUGGAAUAAUUGUAAUUUCACAUUCCAGCAUGUCAUGUUAAGAUCCCAAAACAGUCAUUUGUAAUAGCCCUCCUCCCUCCCUCCCAUCUGUCUUUCAUUUUCAUCAUCUCAUUCUCUCUGUUCUAUAACUCCCCAGACAGACUAUCACUGACCAGGACACACUUCUAAACACUCUUCUAGUCAUGACACACACACACUCCAGACUCAGUUGACAGUAACUGCUGUGCAUAACAUCUCUGUCUGUCACACACGCACAAACAUACAGUACAUAUACAAGCAUGAAGAUACAAAGACAAACAAACCAAUACAACAAGUGUUCUCUAUAUAGUGCACUCCAUUUGACCAGGAGCCAAAGGGAAUAGUGGUCCAAAACAUUCUGGGGAAACUUAGUUCACUACAUGAGGACCAUUUGGAACGUGGACUUUUUGUAAACAUGAAGGCAACAGAAAAAUGAUCACACAACACACACAUGCAAAAACAGCAUCACUUUGAAGUCAGAGUACAUAAAGUCAGAGUGUGGGACCCCAAUAUAAAUAUAUAAAUAUAUAUAUAUAUAUAAUUAUAUAGCAUUCUUUUUAUUCCAGAAACGUUUGGUGUCCUGUAAAUACACUAUCAUUCCCUCUCUUCUCUCUCUCUCUCUCUCUCUCUGUCUCCCUGUCCUCCUCAGUAUCUCCCUCAGUCUAUUACUAACUUCAGUACAGUAUAUAAUCUAAAAGCCUGCCUGUUUUUACUACACGUGUGAAAAAUAUUAAUAUCUGGGGAAAAGUAAUGUUGCAAUGAAUUCUGUUUUGAUCCUGUUUACUGACUGUCGGUGUUAACAGUUUUCGGUGUCUGUUAAUCAGUUCGGGAGUUCAUAUAAUUCCGAUUUAUUUCUGAUUCCAUCUUCAUUAUUUGGAUCAUCACUGAGUGGUACUGUAGUAGAUGAUUAGAAUACAUCACGUCGCUUCAAUCCGGCUGCUGCAGUCUGGAAUGCUCUCUGGCCAAACAACAGCCAGUAAACUCAUUCUGUAAUGACAUUGUCUUAUUGUGAGGCUAAUACAGUCACUGCUCCUUCCAAAAUGACAUCAUUCCCAAUCUAAUGAAGAGGCCUGCCUGGCUGGCAUGCAGCAGUUAACAGGGUACAGCUUGGCGGGCAGGUCAGACACUUUCUCUCUCUGCUUCAGGCAUGCAUACUGACACUGAACGUCAUCUCUCUUUCUCUCCUCUUUUUCUUGGCACCUCCCCUGCCCUCCAAUUCUCUCUGUCUGCCACCCCCCACAUCUCUUCCUGUCACUUUGACCUUUCCUCUUGAUUUUCUUUACCAGUCGCCCACACACACACACACACAACACAGUUAGAUAACGUCUCAGCCAGACAAUUACUAGAUAGCCUCACUCUAGUGUUUGGCACAGGGCUAGUGAGCUGGCAUGGCCGACCAGCUCACAAGCCCCAUCACUCCCAGGGUUCAUUCUGUUGGUGUUUAGCAUUGUCGUAUCAGUAGACAGUUAGUGCCGUAGUUUUGUACACCUUUGGGGUGAUCAGGGAUCAGGGAUACUAUGGCCUCUUCUGUGACAGCAUAGGCAGUGCCAUUUAACCCUCUAUCCAUCUCUAUGGGAAAAGCUUUUGUAGUGAGUCAUAAUACUGAACAGUAUCCAGCCUCUCUGGGGAGACACAGAGCGCAAGAGAGAGAUGUCUGCAGACUGAACAUAUGAGUGUGGCUCGCUCACAGAAGGGGAGGAGUUUCCAUUGGAUGCGUUGCAUUUACCAAGUAAUCCCAAUCCUACAAAACCUUUCACCUUUCCGCUGAUGAUGUCUUGGAACCAGGAAUGACAGAACCUAAAGAUAAUAGUAGUUAUCUAUACUUGCUGUAUGUUUUAAACUGAACCUGUGUUUGCUCCUAUCUAUCCUGUCCUAGCUGUAUACGUUAUGUGAUCGCAUGAAAUGGCUGCAUGAAAAAAGAAGGUGGAACAUACUGUCUCUUUGACCAACCGCAAGAACACGAGAACCGUUGUGAACAAGUACCUUUGUAAGAUGACAGACUACUGAGUGAUGUUGUGUUUUACGGCUGGUCUAUAGAAUUAGAAUAAUUCAAAUUUGGCUUUCCCCACAAGUCUGCAGACAUCUAUUCUAUUUUAGAACACUCAGCGCUCUAGACGUCAUUUGCAUCUAUGUGAAUUUACAGCUUACUGUCAUCAGAUAUCAGAUAAGCAGCUCUGUUUUUUAGUUGCUUUGGACCACUCUGUCUUACCCCAUGAACAGCUCUCGCUGUUUGUUGUAUCAGAGUUGGG